GCUCUACACGAGGGUAGGGGUGUCUCGACGCGCCCAUUCCACACCAGCCUCCCUUCUUCAGACCCCUCAAUCAGUUCUGGACAGUUCCUGGAAGCUUGCUCAACUCUACUCCUUCACUGGCUAUUCCAUCCUUCAUUUUUCCAAGUCAGAUCUUCGCCCCUUUUUUCCCUCUUCUGAGUGGGGUUGUUCCUGUGCUGUGUACCAUUCCUACAAUUGGCUGAAUUUCUGCCAUUUGGCCAUUAUUUUUCCUUCUGUUUUCUUUUGGCCUGAGAUUUCUUCAUCUCCUUUUGUUUUAUCUUUCCCUUUUUCUCCAUUGGUUGUUUUGUGGCUCGUCUCUCUUUUCAUCUCGUUGGCUGUGUUUUCGCUCUUGUCGUCUGUUACCCACACCAUGGCCCGUCCUCUGGCUCUGGAGCCGAUAAGAGGGCAUUUGGGUGUUAAGAGUUCCCUAAAUGGGAGUGCAGACUUUGACAGACUUAGUUUUAUGGGGGAACAGCAUCCUCCACCUCCCCUCCACAGUUACCUGUGGCUAACAAUCCUCACCUGCUUCUGCCCCGCGUACCCAGUCAACAUUGUAGCUCUGGUCUUUUCAGUACUGUCCAGGAAAAGUUAUGAGUUGCAAGACUAUGACGGCUCGCGACGACUCGGUCAGAAAGCUCUCCAAGUGGCCAUCGCCUCCAUCAUCAUCGGCCUCCUCAUCAUCGCCAUAUUUAUCAUCGUUCACUUCACCACGUAUAAAUUGUAGAAGAGUUGCGCAGUAUGCCUGGAAAAAGCCAAACAAAGUAAAUGUCGCUCUCAAAGACAUGGACUAUGGACACCUCUCUGAAUGGACUAUGACAAGGGUUCUGGGGCCCCGGAUUUGGCAGUAAUCUCCAUCCUCAAGAACGGAACUCCACUCCAGAUGUGGUAUCCAUCUUUUGUCGCCGUCACACAUCCUCCACACCCAGCCUUUCUACUCUUCUAUCUGGGAGAAGAACUUAAGAAGCAAGACUCUGCUUUUGAAAGACUGUAUGGAACACUGACCUCUGGAUCACAUGAUACCCACAGCACAAACCUCGCGCACGCAUGCACGCACACAGACACACACACAGUUUUGUAUUGCUAUCUUUGUGGGGACCAAAGAAUUGAUUCCCAUCCAAAAUCCUAUUUUCCCUCACUUCUAAAUAUAAUUCUAACCUUAACCUUAAGCCUAACCUUAACCCCAAACCCUAAAACUAUACCUAACCCUAAUUGUAACACUAACCCUAAUUGCAACCCUAACGCUAAACCUAAACCCUAAGCCUACAAUAGCAUUUUUCCUCGUGGGGACCAGCAAAAUGUCCCCACUUGUCUGAAUUUUCCUUGUUUUACUAUCCUUGUGAGGACUUCUGGUAAAUAAACACACAUACACACACAUUAGAAGAGGAAGAAACACCUGCCCAUUCCUGUGUGCAUUUAUUGAUAAUGUGGGCUGUUGGACGAGUGAACAAUUACUUUUUGCAGCGGUAACUGUGUGGUCACUGUAGCACUAACAUGCUGACAAUUACUGUAUUUAUGGUGCUUUCAAGACAACCGGGAACUCUGGAAAAAUUAGGUCAAAUCAUGAUAUCAGGGAUUUUCAGGUCGGAUAGUCAGAGUUCUAGAAGGAUCCCCGAGUGUCCGAAUUGGAAUUCCGAGUUGGAUGACCAUUCAAAACUAUUUUCCCAGUCGGAGCUAUUUUUUUCCAGCUGUCUUGAAUGCACUGAACUGAAGUUGGAAGUAGGAGAUUUCCAAGUACCCAGUUGUUCUGAACGUGGCAUUAUUGUGCCACUUGGGAUGUUUGAUGUGUCAAUCACGUAACUGUCGAGUGUUUACUGUCAUAAAUGUCUUUUGCUUUUUUA